UAAAGAUAUGUAUAUCAUUUGAAAACAUGGUGCUUUCUUUUAUAGGGAUCUCACAAAGGGAAAAGACAAAAAACAACAGAAAAUGACUUGAAAAUUGGUGAAAACCCUCAAGAUAUCAACAAUUUUGAUGCAUUAGUAGGUCUCAUGCUAAAUGAGGGGAAAGCACAAGGUGUGGAGGUCCCAAAUGAUGUAUUUGGCGAGAGUUUUAAGACCUUCCUUAUGAAAGAAGACAUGGAUAUGAUAAUUUCAUUUAAGGAAGUGUCGGCUAAUUGUGUCAUAUAUUAUAUAUGGCACCUACAGAAAAAGCUAAGUGAUGCAAGGCUCACCGAACGAUUUGCUUUUAUCAAUCCAGCUUUAGUCUCUAAAGCUGGAAUGGGUGAGACAACAAAGGAAAAUAGGUCAAGGUUGAUUGCAAAUCAUUUAAUGCAUGCAAAGCGUGCUGACUACAUUUUUAUUCCAUAUAACCCUGAUUUCCACUGGGUCUUGGUGGCAUUGGAUAUGAGGACAAUGAUUGCGUACUACCUUGAUCCGAUGCAAAAGCAACCAUGUGAUGAUCUUAAGGAAAUUGUUAACAUGGCACUACGAAUUCAUCCACCAAAGAAACAAAGAUCAUCAAAGAGGGAGCCAACAUGGGUAAAAGUAGUGAUGCCCUCAUUUCAGUCCAGUAAGAGUUGUAGAUCACAUUUUGACGAUUCUCAUAAGUUCUCAUCUCAUGAUAAGUAAGAGAUUUCAAGUUCAGGAGUGGAUAUGCAACCAACAAAAAUACUUUUGGCAUCUUCUUCUUCUUUUUGUAAUAUUAUUUUUGAUAAGGAAUUUGGAGACCUUGU